AUGCCGCAUCAUCCACGACGGAGCUCGCGACUGAAGCUGAAGGAGGCGGCGGCAAAGGCGGCAGAAGAAGAACGCUACUCUCGCCAGAAAAAGCGCCGUGAAAUUCGUUGUGUGCCGCCUUCCUCACUCAAUGAUGUGCAUUCCACUGUCUGCGGAGUUUGGUCUGAUAAUAGCAAGUUGCAGCUAGAGGCUACUUCUCAUUUGCUAAAUUUGGUUUCUCUUGAAGACAACCCUUUAACUGAUGAAGUUGUAGAAUAUGAAGUUGUUCAUCGUCUUGUUGAAUUCCUUUCGAGGAAUGAUUAUCCCGAGCUUCAGUGCGAGGCAGCCUGUGUUCUAAAAACUAUGGCUGCUGGAACAUCUGAAAACACCAAGAUUGUAGUCGACUCUGGGGCUGUCCCUGUAUUUGUGAAGCUUCUUCAAUCUUCAGAACUCUAUGAGCAGGCUGCAUGGGCUUUAGGAAAUAUUGCCGGUGAUUGUCAUGGAUGCCGUGACGUUGUUCUGAACAAUGGAGCGUUGCAACCUUUGCUGACUCUGUUAAAAGAGCAUACCGAUUUCUCUUUUCUAAGAAUUGGUACAUGGGCCUUGUCAAAUUUUCUUGAGGGAAAACCUGAAAUCCCACCUGAGCAGCUCGAGUCUGCAAUUCCCAUUCUUUCAUCUGUCAUCCUCACAGAGGAUGAUGAAUUGGUCCUGAAGGAAGCAUGUUGGGCCUUAUUUUAUCUUUCCCAGUUUGGAGGUGGAAUAGAAACGAUCAUGUUUGAAGCUGGAUUGUGUGACAAGAUUACUACAAUAUUCCGGUAUGUAUACUUUUAUUCUGUCUUUUUCUUUCGAGUUUGUUGCCUAAUGUUGCUUAUUCAUGUCCUGUCUUUAUCUCUUGAUUUGUCUAUUUACCUCUUCAGGUAUGUUCCUUCAACUGUUCUGUUCCCUGCUGUUCGAGCGCUUAAGUGUAUAUUGAAAGGGGCUAAGAAGUUGGAUGAGCGUGCUAUUGAAGUUCAUCUUCGCCUCAUUCGCGUAUAUAGGAAAGAUUCAACCUCAUGCAUCUUGAAUGAGGCUCACGACAUCAGAUGUUUUCUGGAUGAUCGCAUGUCGAGUAUAGUAAAUGGUGUGAAGGACGAUUACAGAAAGAAAGCUCGUUUAGCUCAAGAUGUGUGA